AGAAGCUGAAGCAGGGGCUGAGAAGAUGGCUCAAGAAGCUGAAGCAGGUACUGAGAAGAUGGCUCAAGGAGAACAUGAGGGCGAUGCUACAGCAGAUGAGACCCAGAAGGCACCUUGGGAGCAGCCACUUGCGCAGUUUACAGAAAAACCAAUCAUGUCCAAAGGCAACAGGAGAGCCUUCCAGAGCAAAGAUCUGGAUAGCACGCAGCUUUUCUUCAGAUUUUUGGUACACGCUUCACAAGACCACGAGACGAUCUUCCACAUACUCAUCAGCGCCUUCAACACCGCGGCCGAAGAGAUUAAGAAAGAUCCCGAGUUUCUGAGGCUGGAUUCUGAGCGCUACGACUGCUUUAAGAAGCUCAAUACCUACAUGCAGAUCCUUUAUAAGGGCACUCAAAAGUCCGCCAAACUUCGAUUCUUACUUCAGGUUAUCCUCAGUCAACUUGGCCUGGAACUUCUGUUGAAGUGCGCACGCGAUACUGAGGACAUCAUCCAGGAUUUCAUCCCGUGCAUCCAGCAGUACCUGGACGAGGAGGGACACGUGGAUGUGAUGACACAACAAGAGAAGGGCGAGCAGCUCCUGCAGGAGUACGAGGAGAAGACCAAAGAAUGGGAGAAGGAAGAACAACGAAUCAGACGCCGCAAGAAGAGAGAAAUGCAGCGUCAGAUGAAAGAAGAAGAAGGCGAUGCGAACCUAAUUCCUCUACCUGGACAAGAGGCGCCGGUUAUGCCUGAUUUCUCUUCCAAAAAUGAUGCUAGUGAUGUAGAUGAUUCAACCAAUGAAAACGACCAUGAUACCGACAACGAAAAAACCACUGAUGAAACUGAGGAACAAUUAACAAAAGUGGGCGAAGUCUCUGGUGAUGAACAGAUAGAUGAUAUUGAUGAUAAUAGCAAAUGCGAGGAGAGAGAAAACGAAGCUGGAAGUGAGGAGACCGAAAAGCGUUGCGGCAGCGAUGAAGAGGAGGAUGGAGUGUUGCUGCCGUGUGGUGGGGAGAGCAAGUGGCUGGGGGUGCUGGUGGACGUGUUGCUGGCCCUGUGUACGCGGGGCGAAUCCUGGUGGAGAGUUAGCCUCAAGCCCACUGCCUUUCUGCUUGCGGGGCGCAUGACUUCGGAGCUGCUGUCGUGCGUGACGGAAGUGCUCUUCAAUGAGGACCUCGUACAGUCCAAUAAGAAGACGGGACAAGACGAUGAUGACGAAGUACAGGACCAAGAGAAGGCUCAAGAAGAAGAGGACAAGGAAAGUGAUAACGAAAGUGACGAUAUUGCAAGCGGGGAUAAUGAAAAAGUUUCCACAUCAUCUUCGAAAAAGAAGCAAGAUGAUGAAGAGAGCGACGAAGAUUACGAUUCAUCAGGUGGUGAUGAGUCUGAAGACAGUGGCUUGGAUGACGAAGAAGAUGACGAUGUUGACGAUGGAGCUGAUAGUGCCACGGUUCUUGCGAACAAACACAAAAAUCGGGGCAAAAUUAAUCUCAAAAAAUCACAAGACGAUCCCGACGUUAACGAUAUUUACUCAGACGACAGCGAUGAUGAGGAAGAAGAAGACGGUGAAGACGAUGAUGACAGCCAGGACGAGGAAGACGAUGACGAUGAGGAGGAGGAAGUUGAGUUGGAAACCUCCAUGAAGCAGUCAAAGUUAGACGAGAUGAAGAGCGCCUUGUUCAGAGUCCUUGGACCGACGGGCCCAGACGACGCAGUAGAGGAGGACAUGGACAAAGUUCCCCCUGAAGAGCUACGGGCGCUCAACAUUCAGCUCGGUGCUGUGCUCGGAUCCUACAUCAAGAAGAAGACCAACAACAACCCUAACGCCCUCAGCGGCGUCACUGCCGACAUCGUGCAGUUUAGGAACAGAGCCCUGGACAUCGUGGAGGGUCUGAUAGACGGGCCGCUGCCGUGCGAGCUGCUGCUCCGUGAGCUCAUGUUGCCGCUGCUGCAGACGAUGGCGCUACACGCGGAAGAGCGCAUGACGGACCUCAACAACAGGAUCAGGAAAGCCAUCCAGCACAUCCGUGAGAAGAAGAAAUAUAUCAACGUUGGAGACAUGAGCUUCGAAACAUUCCAGGAGUGUCUGGCGGAGUUUUUUGAUGUCGCGAAAGUCGUUCCGGAGGCGAAGCACGGCUUUGUGACACUUAUCCGUUGCUCAGCUCAUUUCUGCCGCGAAAAAGGUAUUGUCGACAACCCCAUCAUCCCGGCAUACAUUGGCCACGCCAAGAACUUCAUACGCAAUCCAAACGUGGAAGGAACGAUGGUGCUGGAGCCGCUAUUUCUUGAAAUCCCAGAACUGAGGACCGGCCUCUGCCGAGGUCUUGUUGAGGAAAUAUUCUCGCCAGUCGUUGAAGAAGAAGAGGACGAGGAAGACUUUAAGGUCAAGUGCCGAAGAAUAUUCGAGAAAAAGAAAGAAUAUCCCAACAAUUAUCCUGUUUUGGACGGCAAGAUGACAAGCGUUUGGCUGUUCCUGGAGGCCCUUUACUCCCGUAUUUUACCCAACGUGGACGAGCUGACGGAGGAUGAACGAUGGACAGUUGAGGAGGUCGUCAAACACAUCGUCAAGUUCACCGAGACGUGCACCCAGCCUAAACUGAAGGACGUCGCAAUCAUUAAUUUCGUCUUGAAGAUCAUACUACGGUAUCCAUGCGGUAAAGCGUGCGUGGACUGGGAGGCGCUCUGCAAGACGCUGUUCCAAUAUCGCGUUCGUAUGAGCAGAACGCAGCAAGGCGGCAAGGGAGUCAAAAUGGAACUGAAAAAACUCCUCGACACCAGCUUACGCUCUCAGUGUCCUUAUGCACUAUCAAUACUGAAGGAUCGGAAGGACAGAAAGCGUCAACGUCAAGUGACACGCAAGGAGAAGAAGGAGGCGAAAAAGCAAGAACUGUCGGACGUAACCACCCCAGCCGGUGCCAGAGCGCGCAAGAUGGCUGAGGCCUACACCAACGCAAGUAAAAGCCUGCAUGACGGCGUCACUGAGUCCAUCGAUGACUUGUUCAAACCUAACGCUAAAAGGAUCGAUGAGGACGAUCCUGAUAUGGAUGUCGAUGAACGAUUGCCGCAGAAACGUAAGCGGGAGGAGGAGGCUGAAGCCGAUAUAUUGCGCAAGGCCAAGGAGAUCCGGGCCUCUAAAACUGCCCUCAACCGCAAGAAGCGCCAAAGUCGUAAGCUCAGUAAGAAGUGUAAGAAAGCGGCGCUAGCGAAACUCAAAGAAAUGGAAAAGGAAUUGAAGUUGAAACGCGUAAAAGUUGAUGUGACUGAAAAUAAUGUGACUCCAAAAACUGUGGAGCGAAUUCCAAGACCAGUCAAAGAAAGAAAGCCUAAGGAAACUGAUGAUUCUCUUCAAAUAAAAGACGAUAAAAUUAACAGACGGAAGAAAAGAUUAAAAGAUCUUCAACAGCAACAAGCUAAGAAAGAAGCCGAAGUAAAAGAAAAGAAGGUACCGGAAAAGCUUAUCAUUAAGGCUAAUCGAAAAAAAGCCGAUGCUGCAAUGAACAAGGAGCUCCAACCUGGUCUCUUCAAAUACUGCAACAAAGAUAUGUGUGAUGAUUAAAGGGCUACUCGUGAA